AUGGAAGCCCAGAAUGGGACUGAGGACGUCGCCGUCGGGUCUGCCAAUUAUCGACAGAUUACGGUAGGACACCUGAUACUGUGCCUGCAUUUGUUUGCCCUUCCAUGGGCCUGGCCCCCCUUUUCCACCACUUCAAGACAUUCGAGCAGCUGGCUGCAGCUUCAGCAGAGGUGAUUCUGGAUGCGGAGUGGGUUGGGCUUUGAUUGCAGGAGGUUCUCGGGCCAAAAUUUAAAAUUUUAUCAUCAUCCCCCUCCCCCAGGUUCAGAAGAGGUGACACUAGAAAAAAUCUUUGACCGCUAUAAGUUCUGGCGAAAGUCGGCUCAGGUCGGGCCAAAAAUUUGAGCCUUUUAUCAUCAUCCCCCAUUUAUUCAGCUCUUUUUUUGGCGAAAAACAAGAAAUUCUUCAAAUUUUUUUAUGAAACUAUUAUUAACAGCUUCAGAAGCAGUGACACUAGAAAAAAAAUAAUCUUUGACCGCUAUACGUUCUGGCGAAAGUCGGCUCAGGUCGGGACAGAAUUUGAAAUUUUUAUUGCAUGAGAUUCAAAGCUGCUAAUGGUAGGUAUAUUUUUUUCGAUUCUAGUUUCUGGAGAGUUUCGCGACCACAAGUCUAUUAUGAACAGCUUCAGAAGAGGUGAUUUUAGGACCUGCAUAAGUUGCGGCGAAAGUCGGUUCAGGUCGGGCCAAAACUUGAGUUUUUUAUUGCAUGGGAUACAAAGCUUCUAAUGGUAGGUAUAGUUUUUUCGAUUCUAGUUUCGGGAGAGUUUCACGACCACAAGUCUAUUAUGAACAGCUUCAGAAGAUGUGAUACUGAUAUAGUGAUAAGGGAUCAACGAAUGAGCUUUGAUUUCUAUAAGUUUUGGCGAAAGUCGGGUCAGGUCGGGCCAAAAGUUUAGCUUUUAUUAUCGUUACCAACCAUUCAUUCAGCUCUCUUUUUGGCGGAAAACAGAAAACUCUUUAAAUUGAAACUAUUAUGAACAGCUUCAGAAGCAGUGACACUAGAAAAAAAAUCUUUGACCGCUAUAAGUUCUGACGAAAGUCGGCUCAGGUCGGGCCAAAACUUGAGCCUUUUAUUGCAUGAGAUUCAAAGCUUUUAAUGGUAGGUACAGUUUUUUCGAUGGUAGUUUCUGGAGAAUUUCACGACCAUAAGUCCAUUAUGAACAGCUUCAGAAGAGUUCAUUCUAAGACCUCCAUAAAUUGCGGCAAAAGUCGGCUCAAGUCGGGCCAUGAUUUGAGCUUCUAAGACAAUUUAUUCAACCCUUAGGCCUUUCUAUAAUCGUUCCUGGUGACUUUAACAGAGGAAAACAUGGAAAUUUCAAAUUAAAACUGAUAAAAAUUUGAGCAGAGGUAAUUCUUGAAAAAAAAGAGCUUUGAUUGCUAUAAGUUAUAACGAAAGUCGGCUCAGGUCGGGCCAAAACUUGAGCUUCUUAUUGCAUCACCGAAUUUUGGGUUCGGACCUUCUAACAGUCAUAGUAGGCAUAGUUUUUAGGUUGUUAGUUUCUGGAGAACUUUACGAACUUUCUGGAGAACCUGUCUGAAAAGCUUCAGAAGAGGUGAUUCUAGGAACAAAAUGAGCCUUGAUUGCUAUAAGUUGUAACGAAAGUCGGCUCUGGUCGGGCCAGAAUGGAAAUCAGAAAGAUCAUCGAGUAGUUUCCGUUGAAUAAUCGUUGCUGUCUGGUGGUUUUGAAGACAACACUUCAUUGACCACUUAAAAGUCGCCAUUGCGAAAAAAAAUCCGACUUUUUCAGAUAGCAAUCAACAAUUUUCAAGAAAACAACUAUUGGUAAAAUGAAUUUGAAAACCUAUAGGGAUGCCAAUUAUGGAGAACUCUGAGUAUUUGAGACAAGUCGUUCGUUUUUAUAAAUUUAUUUGUGCGAAAAAAAGGGAAGUUUGAAAAAUGAGAAAAUAUUCCAACAAAAGACAACUACUUCAUGAAUUCUCUCAAAUUUCAUGGAUUUUUCCUUGACUUGUUCAGGAAAUCUCAGAGAAUUGCAAAAGGAGGAUCACUGAGGAAGUCCAGCUACAAUCUCAUGAAAAAUCAAGAAAUCAAAAAAUCUUGACACUGGUGAAUCGAGAGGUAGAUACAAGUAUGUAUGUAUAACCGCGCAAGGCUUCACCGGGCCUCGACGUGUUAUUUAGAUGUGUGUAGAACCGACAUUGCUCUUGGAUCUUUAUUAGAGCAACUCAGCACCGCCAGUUGGUAUGCGUGCUGAGCGCAAGAGUGACAAUACAAGUAGGCGGCGUGCCAUUGGCACGCCUACAUGAUAGUACAUAUGGCAUUGAGGUCAGGUCAACUAGCGUCCUGUCACAUCCCUCCGCUCCAAGAAAGCUUCGUCCCGAAGCGGGAAUUAGUGAAACUAAGACAACUUUUGAGGACUAGGCAAUCAAGGACGGUCUAACAAAAAUACAGAUAUUAACGCAAGAGGACAAUUGCGCUCUAAAACAGUUCUACAACACAAUUCUAAGCACUAGCAGACUCUUAUACAACGAUUUCUACGUCACUUAUUUAUCUAGGAACCCAAUCAAAAGACAAGGUAAAGGACGUAUCCGGUCAAGGAUCAAAUGAGAAAAGGAAAUCGAAGAGAAGAGUUUUGUAAACUACAUCGGGGGGCUUACAACAAAAUAAAACGAGACAAGCACGGAAAACUCUCAACACAUAUGAACUAGCGAUUGAAGUCGUCAUCGACGAGAAAAGGGCUCACAGGCCAGGCGAUAUAUAUCACUCUACACAUCCCACCAUCCCAACCGUGUAUCGCGUACCAACAAAGGGGUCAAAAUCGCGGUGAAAAAGUUCAAAAACUUGUCAAUGUGGAGGAGUCGACGUUACUUGUGACCGGACUCGUGCGCUGCUUCACUGGAGCGGCUUCAGAAGAAAGUUGUAGCCUCGCUGGAAUCCCGAACACGAUAUGCGAAAACUGCUAG